AUGGACAUCAGUCAGGCAAUGGAGGCUCACUUCGUCGAGUGGCUCCGGGCGGCGACCUAUGACAUGCUCCUGAUACAGUACAACACGGAUGGUUCGAGGAAGCCAGCAGAAAUCCACUUCGGUCCACGAAUAUUAGAUAACGUCGGUCAGUGCAUCACGCUCGCCCCACUAGAUUAUCUUCCGGUCCUGGUCCGCGAAGCUCUCCCACAAAUCAUCAGCAAGUUCAGAACCCAAGAAGGACGAAACCUGGAAUACAAUCUCAUUACGGUCCGCGUCUUCCUGCCAGAUAGAGUCUUCUACGGUCACGACUGCAAAAUCUCAGCUACACAAUCGAAUCAGAGUGUCUGGUUCACGCAUACGGGCGCAAUCCAAUGCGAAUGCAUUCUCGACACCGAUCCUGCCAAGGUAGACUUCCAUGAAGCAAACGGUACUUUCAGCGAGCAUCCCAGAUCAUUUGUCGAUCGUGCUGCCGGCCUGAACAGUCGUCUCGAGGCUGGUCGGCUCUCCGCCGAGCAGUUUGGCUAUGAGUUCGGAGCUAUGCUGAAAGGAUGUCCACUACAAUGCCAGCCUCAAACGGUCAGUCAAGGGCAGUACAUGCUCCGAACACAGUUCGAUCCAAGCGAUAUGGCUCAUAUGUUUAAGCUCUCGGCGGCAAAUACCGGUGAUGGAUCGGGUAACCAGCAGGCGUGCAUUCAGAUUGUGCUGAGGGAGCUCGAGCUGCAGGAUGCGGUCAAGAAGGAGGAAGAGGAAGGGGGCAAGCAGGUGGUCAAGACCGAGCCGAUCUCUGCAAAUGAUGCGGACAUAAUCAUCCAGAGUUGGCUAAGGAGAACUAAACGGUAA